AUGACCUCGUCGAGAGCCAACCUCACCGAUUUCGAAAAAUCCAUUGUGGAUAAGGCGAUCGAGGCGAUGCAAUUCGCAUACUGCAAGUACAGCAACUUCAAAGUGGGAGCUGCGGUGGUGUGCGAGGAUGGGGAAGUCAUCAUUGGUGCCAACCAUGAAAAUGCCUCGUAUGGAGCCACAAUCUGUGCUGAGAGAAGUGCAUUGACCUCGGCACUCACAAAGGGACACAGAAAGUUCAAAUUGGUGGCAAUUGUCUCUGAGCUGGAGCAUAGCGCUGGAUACUUGCAAAGCAAUCCACAUUCCGUUCAACCUUGGAAAAUGGGAUAUUUGCAGUCCCACUUAACUAUCACUACCCCAUCCCAAACACUCUUACCUUCUACCGACAAGGUGACCACCACCUACCAAAAGCAAUACACCGACAUGACUCCAUUCAUCAAGAAGAUUGUCAAGAACCACGCUCGUGUGCUCGUCUACUACGGUGACACCGACAUGGCAUGCAACUUCAUGAUGGGACAACAGUUCGUCGAUCAGUUGGGACUCCGUAGAACAUUGAAGAAGACUCCAUGGAAGUUCGACAGACAAAUCGCUGGAUUCAAACCACUCUUCGAUGGGCUCAGCUUCAUAACUAUCCGCGGAGCCGGACUUAUGGCGUAA